UUUUUUUUUUUAGUCAUCUGGAAGAGAAAACCCAAUGGGAGCAUCCUAAAUCAGGCAAAAGGAAACGAGUUGCAGGAGAUCUGCCAUAUGGAUGGGAGCAGGAAACGGAUGAAAAUGGCCAAGUCUACUUUGUAGACCAUAUAAACAAAAGGACCACGUACCUUGACCCAAGACUGGCAUUUACAGUGGAAGAGAAUCCAGUCAAACCUACAACUAGACAGAAAUAUGAUGGAAACAGUACUGCAAUGGAGAUACUUCAGGGUUGUGAUUUGAGUGGAAAAGUGGUCAUUGUCACUGGAGCAAAUUCAGGAAUAGGAUUUGAAACUGCAAAGUCCUUUGCACUUCAUGGGGCAUAUGUUAUCCUCGCCUGCAGAAAUAUGUCAAGAGCCAGUGAUGCUGUACAGCACAUCCUAGCUGAAUGGCAUAAAGCCAAGGUAGAAGCAAUGACCUUAGACCUCGCUUCUCUUCACAGUGUGCAGCACUUUGCUGAAGCAUUCAAAUCCAAGAAUGUGCCCCUUCACAUCCUGAUCUGCAAUGCUGCUGUUUUUGCUCUCCCAUGGUCUAUGACAGAGGAUGACUUGGAGUCCACCUUUCAGGUGAAUUAUUUGGGGAAUUUUUACCUUGUCCAGCUCCUUCAAGAUGUCCUGUGUCGCUCGUCUCCUGCAAGAGUUGUGAUGGUUUCAUCAGAAUCACACAGAUUUACAGACAUAAAAGACUCCUCAGGAAAACUUGACUUCAGCCUGCUUUCUCCAUCUAAGAAAGAGUACUGGGCUAUGCUGGCGUACAACCGUUCCAAGCUUUGCAAUAUACUCUUCUCCAAUGAGCUAAACCGACGCCUUUCUCCCCACGGGGUGACAUCUAAUGCAGUGCAUCCUGGAACUAUGAUGUACUCGUCCCUCCAUCGCAACUGGUGGGUGUAUACCCUGUUGUUUACCUUGGCUCGGCCUUUCACCAAAUCCAUGCAACAAGGAGCUGCCACAACUGUCUACUGUGCCACUGCUCCAGAGCUGGAGGGCCUGGGAGGACUGUACUUCAACAACUGCUGUCGCUGCUUGCCAUCACAAGAGGCCCAGAACGAAGUGACGGCUGCAGCCUUGUGGGAACUGAGCGAGAGACUGAUCCAAGAACGAAUUGGCAGGCAGUCCAAAUAACAGGGAGCUCCUGUAAGGAUCAAAACACACAGAGUAUGUGCACACUAGAAAACUGCCAACACUGGAACCUAUCCAAUCUUAUCAUCUAGAGGGUUUCCAUAUACCUCAGAUACAGAUUAACCAGUGUUAAAUGAAAUAAUAGCAGUCACAACAUAGUGAAAAAUGUUAAGUACCAAUGGGAAAUGGGGAAUACUGUGGGUUAAAGGGACAAUAUCGCUUUCUGGGGCUUAGUUAGUCUUGGUUCUCUUUCUUUUGAUUAUAGCCUGUUCAAAGUGUAACCCAAGGAAGCAUCUUUUAUGUUAUUUUAGAACAGCAAUGCUGAGAAUAUUUUUGCUGCUUUAAUGAAUGGCUAAAAACAUAGCCCGAUACGGGAUUUCCUUUCUAUUUUGGUAAUUAUUCGCGGUUAGCUGUUAUGCAUUGAUCAUGAUAGCUCCAUUUAUGCUUUUCCCUAAAAAUUUUUACCGGGUGUGGCAAAUACAAAUGAGAGGAAGGAGGAAGGAAAGCUUUCCUGCCCUUGGCCGCUAGCUACAAAUAUAACUGCGCUGUCUAGAAAAAGAAGGUGCAAGAAGACAUCCAAACAGAAAUGGCAGAGUCACUGCUAGUUAAAUAUUGCAGGUUUUCCUUAAAAGAUUAUAAUAAAAGAUACGUUGUAAACCAUUCCCUAAAUACCGCAGGGGUAGGAAAGAUGGUGUUGUCUCCUUAAGAACACACAAGGGUGUAAUCAGGGGUUUAAAUGUUAUUCCAUCCAUGUCUUGGUUCACAGUUUUAAGAAGUUUUUUGUUUUUUAAAGGUCUUUAAAGGUUCACAGUUUCUCAGUUCUCCUGAUACUGUAUCCUGUUCAGCUUUUUUUUUUUUCCUUUCAAUUUAAAUUUAGUAAAAGAACAUGCUUGAAUACUGUCACCUGAAGAGAAAGUUUGUCUCAUUGCUGCAAAUGUUUUAGUUCCAUAUUUUUUUUUUUUUUUUUAA